AUUUCUCAGUCCACGUUUAACCGAAAGAGAGAAAACAAAAAUAGGUAAUCCGAAAGAAGGAAAAUCCCAAACGAAAUUCUCCAUUGUCCUUAUAACACCAUCGCCGCCGCAGUCCCUCCGCCUCACCUGGAAACCUCUCUAUAUUGCUGUGCUUGUAGUCGGUCUUCUAAAGACGCUGCCGCCUCUGUCUCUGUAUCGUGUAGAUCGUUCACCGUAAGUCCUUCAAGGAUGGAAAAUGGUAUGUUCACGGUUCAUCAUACAAUUGGCAGUGUUCUGUGUUGCAAAUGUGGAAUUCAAAUGCAACCAAAUGCUGCCAACAUGUGUGUCAAGUGUUUAAGCUCAGAAAAUAAUAUCACUGAGGGUCUACUGAAGCGUCUUGAGCUCAAGCAUUGCCCUGAAUGUGAUAGCUACCUUCAGCCGCCAAGAAAUUGGAUCAAGCUACAGUUAGAAUCGAAGGAGCUGCUAACAUUUUGCUUGAAGAAGUUGCAGAAGAAUUUGAAUUCUAAUAAAGCGAGGAUGGUACAUGCUGAGUUUAUUUGGACUGAGCCCCACUCCAAGAGGAUCAAAGUCAAGGUUAAGGUUCAGAAGGAGAUUCUGAAUGGAGUAAUCCUUGAACAGUCUUAUCCUGUCGAGUAUAUUCAACGGGAUCAAAUGUGUGAACCUUGCUCCAGGAUCCAGGCUAACCCUGACCAGUGGGUCGCCGCCGUGCAACUCCGACAGCACGUUUCUCAUAGGCGUACUUUCUUUUAUUUGGAGCAGCUGAUUCUGAAACAUGAUGCCGCUGCCAGUGCUAUAAGAAUCAAAGAGACAGAUCAGGGAAUUGACUUCUUUUUCUCUAAUCGGAGUCAUGGUGUCAAAUUUGUGGAAUUUCUGGGGAAAGUUGCUCCUGUGAAAGGCCGUCAUGAUAAGCAACUUGUAUCCCAUGAUCCUAAGAGUAAUAACUACAACUACAAAUAUACAUUUUCUGUUGAAAUCCCCCCUAUUUGCCGCGAGGACUUAAUAUGUCUGCCACCAAAAGUUGCUGUUAGUUUGGGAAACCUUGGUCCCCUUGUGAUUUGUACCAAGGUUAGCAGCAGCAUUGCUCUACUUGAUCCAUUUACCCUGAGACAUUGCUUCUUGGAUGCUGAUCAGUACUGGAGGGCAUCCUUUAAGUCUCUGCUUACUAGCCGACAGCUGGUGGAAUAUAUUGUGCUAGAUGUGGAAGUUAUUCGUUCUGCUGAGGUAUAUAUUGCUGGCACUAAAUAUGUUUUGGCGGAGGCUCAAGUGGCCCGUGUGUCGGAUUUUGGGAAGAAUGACACGAUAUUUUCCAUCAAGACUCAUUUGGGUCAUAUUUUGAGUCCUGGUGAUUAUGCUCUUGGUUAUGACCUAUAUGGGGCUAACACUAAUGAUAUUGAACUGGACAAGUACAGAGGACUUGUCCUUCCCGAAGCAGUUUUAGUAAAGAAGAGUUAUGAAGAGAAGCGCCAGAAGAAACGCUCCAAGCCUCGUUCAUGGAAGCUUAAAUCACUUAGCAUGGAAGUUGAUGAUAAGGGUAGAAUUGAACAAGACAAGAAGACCUCAGAUUAUGAACAGUUCUUAAAGGAUAUAGAAGAAAACCCUGAACUGAGGUUCAAUUUAUCAUUGUAUCGUAAUAAAGAGUAUCAACAAUCAGAGAUGGCAUCAGUGACAGAUGGGGAAGAGGUGCCUUCAGUUCCACUAGAUGAGUUGUUGGCUGAUCUUGAUCUGAGUGAGGACGAGGAUGGGGACGAGGAUAUGGAAGAGUAAAACCAAGUUUUUUUGAAGUAAAAUCGUUUUCUUUUUAUUGCUCACGUUAUGUAAUGUUCAAGUGAAUUUCGCAGUCAUCUUUCUAAGUUCACAUGUAAUCUAUGUUACUGUUAUGAUUUCGAAAAGCAUGUGAACGUGUUCAUUUUGCACUAUAUAAAUAGGUUUUAUAAAACACUUUUUUGCCAAACUUA